UAAAAGCCGCUGGUCUGCCCUCUUCAGCAUUUCCUCCGCAGUGUGCGGUAACGCUUGUAUUUACCUGCUUGUUCUGUAAAUACAAUAAAAACAAGGGGAAAAAAAAACUUUACAUACCGCUGGUAAUUUUAACCAGGUAUGCGCAAUGUCUUCUCGGAAAAGGUCGAGGUCAAGAGAACGACAACGGGAGAGGGAACGGGAACGAGGCGAGUCGCGAAAACGCAGAAAGGACAAGGCAGAAAGCAAAGAGCCGUCUCAGCCGAAUAAAAAAACGAUCCUGAAAGUUAACGAGCAGGUGCAACGAAUCAAGCACGUCGAGACCUUUUAUGAGAAGCCACCUCCUGGGCUCAUUAAGGAAGAAGAAGACAGACCAGAAGACUGUAUCCCUGAUGCCCCAGGCAAUGAAGAUGCUAGAGAGUUUUUGGCUCAUGCUCCAACUAAAGGGCUUUGGAUGCCACUUGGUAAAGAAGUAAAGGUCAUGCAAUGCUGGAGGUGUAAACGCUAUGGCCAUAGGACUGGAGACAGAGAAUGCCCCUUCUUUAUAAAAGGAAAUCAAAAGUUGGAGCAGUUCAGAGUUGCUCAUGAAGAUCCGAUGUAUGAUUUGAUAAGAGAUAAUAAACGACAUGAAAAAGAGUUAAGGAUACAACAACUACAGCAGUUGCUAGAAGAUACCACCUCUGAAUCAGAGAGCAGCACCGGUUCUUCAGAUUCAAGAGACAAAAAACAUAAGCAUAAGAAGAAAAAAAAGGAAAAGAAGAAAAAGGAAAAGAGAAAAAAGAAACAUAAACACAAAUCUAAAUCUAAUAGUUGCUCAGAUACUGACUGACUAUUCAGUGGCCUUAAGAUUCCAACAAAAACUGAAGAUAGUAAAUGGCUCUGAAAAUACGUCUUCAGGAUAAAUGGAACGGACAUAACAUGUCACCUGGCAGAGUUUCAUUAAAAGACACUGCCCAUACUGUGGAGAGGGUCAUGGGUUCAUGGAUUACUAUGUCCACGUCCAGACCAGUGGUGCUCCAGUGUGAAGGACUGAAUAGUGUUCUGUGUGUCCAGCAAACUUGUAGUUGGUGAUAAACAUUCUGACAAAAUGUGUUAUCUAGAAUGUAUGUACGUCUUUACCUUGUCAAGCUAUGUACAAACUUCUUUU